UAUGGAUGGAUCCUUCUAGUGGACAACACCAUCAGGAACUGGAGAACAUGAUAGGAUGCUCCACAAAGAGUCAGCAACAAGAAAGAAAGCCAAGGCCACAACCAGAACAAGCACUCAAAUGUCCAAGAUGUGACUCUACCAACACCAAAUUCUGCUACUACAACAACUACAGCCUCUCUCAGCCAAGGUACUUCUGCAAAUCUUGCAGAAGAUACUGGACCAAAGGUGGAACACUCAGGAAUGUUCCUGUUGGUGGUGGAUGCAGGAAGAACAAGAGAUCUUCUAAUUCUUCUUCUUCAUCAACUACUUCCUCUUCAUCUAAUUCACCUGCACCCUCUUCAAGGAGGCCUCAAGAUCAUCAUGGAUUCAUCUCACCUAAUAAUCCUCUCAUCACUGCUUUCCCUCACUUGGCUUAUGAUCAUCAUCCUUCUUCUUCUCCCACCAGUGAUCUCACCUUAGCCCUUGCAAGGCUCCAGAAACAAACAAUGCCUUUUGAUGAUCAUGAUCUCUCAAUCUUGGGCAACCCCACAAGCUCCCUCUGUGAUAUUCUUGGAAAUCAAGGCCUUAACACCCACAACACUUCAUCAACUGGCUUCUUGGAAGCACUUAGAACCGGAUUCCAAGGAAACAAUAGUAAUAAUAACGCUCUUCAUCAUCAGAAUCUCUACUAUUCAUAUGGGAAUGGGGACAUGGGUGAGGUUGUGGACAAUGGUGCUGUUAAUGCUGGAGACAUGUUGCUACCUAAUCAUUAUGAUUCAGAGAUGAGCAAUGCAGCAACUCAAGCAGUGAGUGUCAGCACCAUGAAGCAAGAACUAUGCAGUGAAGCUACUAAGGUUCUUGGUGGUGGCGCUUUUCCAUGGCAUAACAGUAGUAAUGGGGACACAAACAUGGGUGAAUUUGAUUCAGCAAGAGCAACUUGGAAUGCUGGUUUCACAUCUUCAAAUUGGCAUGGCCUUCUCCAUAGUCCUCUAAUGUAAGAGAUGCUCAUGAAUCAGAAGGCACUGCUGUAUGUGAUGAUGAUUUUCCUCUCACCUUACUAGCUUUGACUAAAAGACCAGUCUUAAUUAGUUAAUUUAAAUCAUCUUUAAUUAGUAGGUUUGAGUUAAAUAGGGAUUUGGAUCUCACCAAUGAUCAAUCCACUCUCUUUUCUUUUGUUGUUUUUUUAUUUUUCUUUUUCUUUUGUAGCUUGCUUAAAUUAUAUAUGGGAUUUUUUGUACUGCUAUCUCUUUUAUUGGUGGAUAGACUAAUGAAAGUUCUGAUUUGUUUGCCAACAA